AUGUCCUGGAGAACAUUCAACACGACCAUGGUUCCCGCUUUCGUUUCUUUCCAAAUGUUUGGAUUUUUUCCGGUAACGGGAAUCUUGGGCAGCAAAACCAGCAUCGAUUUGAGGUUCCGGUGGUGGCAUCCGAAAACACUGUUCUCGGUGCUUAUAGCCUUGCUUGGGAUGCUGAUGUGUUACGUCGAAUAUCGACGAGUGGAUCGUACCGGAGUUAACGCGGGCAACCUCAUUGGUGUGGUAUUCUAUGCCGAUACCGUGGUUUGUAUGGCGUUGAUGUUAAAACUCGCUCGAAAAUGGCGUUCAUUCGCCCUUAUGUGGGAUCAAUAUGAACUUUCGAACAGUAACGAUGGAAAUUUUCCCAGGAUUAAGAUAAUUACAGCCGCUCGGUGGUUUACCAUAAUUUUUGUUGUCGUUGGAUUGAUUGAGCACUUUUUAUCGAAAAUCAAUGGUUACGUUUCCUAUUACGAGGAAGCAGCCUAUUGCAACUGGAGCGUGGAAAAUUUUCCCAAAUAUUUUGCAAGUCGCCGAUUCGGAUUCCUGUUCAAACACAUUCGCUACAAUCUUUUCCUGCUGCUAUUUUUCGAGUAUUGCAAUGUGGCACUGACGCUCACCUGGACUGGUAUGGAUUUGACAAUCGUGCUAGUGAGUUUUGUGAUUUCGUGCAACUUUCAUUGGAUCAAUUCGAAGUUGAGUCCGUUCAAAGAUGGUUUUUCCAUCGCAAGGGAGGGUUUUUGGAUCGAAAUUCGGGAACAGUACGUACAAGUUUGCUGCUUGGUCAACAAAGCCAGUGAACUGCUGGCCCCCAUGAUCAUUCAUUCAUGUGCUACCAACAUAUAUUUGAUUUGCUAUGCAUUUCUCACGUUUACAUGGGCUGAAACCGGAACCUUAACACUGGUUAACCAUUGGUUCAGCUUGUUCUUUAUGAUUGGUAAAACGGUCCUGAUGUUCUACAGUGCCUCAAUGGUGAAUGAAACAUCAAAAUAUCCGCUGAAGACGUGCACAGCUGUUCCAAAUAUUGGUUGGUGUAUCGAGCUUGAUCGUUUCGUCAAUCAACUGAGGACACAUCGCGUGGCUCUAUCAGCGAUGGGGUUUUUCGAUCUUACUAAACGAACUAUGUUGGCAUUGGCUGGAACAGUUAUCACCUAUGAAUUGGUAAUGCUGAAUUUUGCCAAAGACACGGCGCAUGUAGGCAAUGUUAUACCAUGUUCCAGAUUGGCUUUCUCCAGAGAUGAUUGA